AUCUUUAUCAAGACAGGAUUAUACAUAUUAUUGUAAUAUCACGAGUGACAAAAUAAAUUUAAGUAUAAAUACUGACAUUUUUAUAGAUAAGGAUUUUGUUCUACUUUGGCCGGUAACAGACAUGAUGAAAAUCUACAUUUUUCUUCUGUUUUCUACUGUGUUCUGCUACAGUGUAUUGGCUGAAAAUUGUGUAAAUAUCAACGACUGUAUUCUUACGCAGUGUAUUCAAACAACAGUUCAUUCCCAUAUUGCUUGUGACAAAGGGCAUUGCACGUGCAAAGAAGACGCUAAACCAUGUAUAUCUAUACAAGACUGUAACAUGGGUGCUAGAUGUAUUGGAAGCAGCGGUCAACGGGAUAAGUUUCAUUGUCUAGACUCGACGUGUCAGUGUAUCUAAUAAACAAUAUGCAUACAAAAA